GCUAUGAAGUGAGUUAAUAUGUACAUUGACUAAAGAAUCAAACUUCGCGCGUAUACAAAAUUUACGAAUAGUGAUAACAGGAACAGAUUUUCAUGCGCGCUUAAAAUGACGAAUUUAACAGAAUGUACAAUGUGAUCCGGUUUCAAAUUUUUAGGUUAUAACCAAAUAGUAUCACUGUAGAAUAAACCAGUUUGGUGAGAAGUGUAUAUACAUAUUCAGUAGAUAUUAUCUACUGAGUAGAAUCACGUGUUUAAUAAAAGUAUAAAAUUGUUAAAAAUGAUAAUCCGAAAAAGAAUUUGGCCUCGCACUUUAAGCGACUUUUUUUCAAUGACUUUUAUAUUAACAAUUAUACCAAUAAUAUAUUGGUUCCAACUAUGGGUGGUUUUACCGGCAAUACACGAACAUGGAUCAUUGCCGUAUAUUUUGCAUUUCCUUUUUGGAAAUUUUAUCAUGUUAAACAUAGUUGGGAAUUUUACAUAUAUAAUAUUUUGCGAUACUAGCACUAGAAGAGAUAUUAUGCCAAUAAGUGCUGCAAAUACUAAAAAUGGUUGGAGAUUGUGUGCUUCAUGUGAAACUCUUGCACCACCACGUUCAUGGCAUUGUCCUACAUGUAAUAUAUGUAUUUUAAAGAGGGAUCAUCAUUGUAUUUUUACUGGAUGUUGUAUUGGUCAUUAUAAUCACAGAUACUUUAUAAUGUUUCUUUUAUAUUUAUUUGUAGCGACAACAUAUAGUUUCUGUUACAAUAAUCUCUUUAUUUGGAAUAGAAUGCAUUUUGAAUUUCCUAUGUCACUUAUUAAAAUCAUUUUUCCCUUAGCAAUAUUCAUUUUUGGAUUCGAUGGUUCUACAAAUCAAUUUUAUCUCAUUCUGUAUAUUGUAUCUGCAGUAGGAAUGUUGUACACAGGAGUUCUGUGCAUUUAUCAUUUUUGUCUAGUGCUUAAUGGUAAUAUAGCUAAUGAGAGUAAUAAGAAAAUACACAUAUAUAACUUAGGUUGGAAACAAAAUGUAAAGGAAGUAUUAGGCAACCGAUGGUACCUUACAUGGACACUUCCUUAUAUAAAAUCUCAAUUACCUCAUAAUGGUGUAAUAUGGGAUACAUCAAAUUCAUGGCAAUAUACAGACUUUAAAAACAAAUAAAUAUAAAUUGUAAAAAUUUUGUAAAACUUAUAAAAGCAAAUUUGUUAAACUGAUUAAUUUGUAUUAUAUACUGUAUAUAUUACAAAGCAUGUAUGUUUUAUUACAUUAAUGUAAUACAUUUAAAAGCAUACUAUUGGAAUAGAUUAAAAGUCAGAUUAUUGUUUACAAUUGUACUUUAACAAUUUAUUAUAAAUAUAUGAACUUAAUUAUA